AUGGGCGUCGAGCUCGACCUCUCUGAAUUGGCGGUGCUCCGGCCGAUCCAGACCGCGGCGGGCGCCGCAGCGACGACGGCGGCUCGGCCGGCGGGCGACGAUGCCGACGGCCCGGACGCCGCCGACACGGGCUGCGUCACGCCGACGGCGAAGAGCUCCCUGCUUCCGAGCCUGGGCCUGGCGGGCGGCGGCGGCCUGGACAUCGACGCCGCCCCCGCCGCCGCCGCCCUCGCCGCCUGCGUGACGCCGACGUCGUCGCCGUGCCUGCUGCGGCAGGCCACGGUGUGCCCUCCGGCGCCGCGGAAGCCGGCGAGGCCGGCGCCGCCGCCGCCCGACAACAAGAGGAAGCGGUGCUGCGCCCGCCUGGGCCUGCAGCGCGCCUUCUUCCCCGUGCCGCACGACCUCUCCACCGUGUUCGUGCCACGCGGCCCCGCGGACAGGUCGCCGCCGCCCAGGGCCGCCAAGAAGAUCCGCCUGCACGUCGUGGGCUGA